AUGGAUGUCGAGCAGUGGGUGGAGCGCAUGGAAAGAGUAUUUGAGCAAUUAGAGUGUUCAGAAGAUGCCAAAUUUGAGUAUGCUGUCUCACUGUUACAAACAGAUGCUUAUGACUGGUGGUAUGUUCCACCUGCUUAUCAUGAUUCAAAGAAAGAGGAGUUCAUGAAUUUAGAGAAAAGGAGUAUGUCUAUUGCUGAAUAUCAACAAAAGUUUCUCAGGCUUUCUCGUUAUGCUGGUGGUAUUAACAAUAAUGAAAAAGAUAAGUGCAGGAGAUUCGAAGACGGUUUGAAUGAUUCCAUCAGAAAGUCUGUAGCGGUCCUACAACAUGAGAACUUUUGUAAACUAGUUUCAGCUGCUCUUACUUGGGAAAGAAUCAACAAGGAACAAGCUAGUAGAAAUGAAAAGAAGUUCAGAAAAGUUGAUGCAGAUUUAGGAGUUCCAUCAAAAAGGGGAAAGUUUGAUAACUCCAAAGUUUGUGGUGUUCACAAGUUAGCGCAAGAUAAGCUAAAUAGAUCAAAUUUCUCUACUUCUAGCACUCCAAGCUAUGGCCAAGGCAAGACUCGUAUACCCACUUGUGCACAAUGUGGAAAGAAUCACUAUGGUACUUGCAGGACAACUUCUGGUGCUUGUUUUAAUUGUGGGAGCUUCAAUCAUAAAGUGAAGGAUUGUCCUAAUCCUAUCCCUACUUCUUCUCCGCGUACGGAAGGCUCUGUUCAGAAACCUAUUACCACUCCUUCUGAAGGGAAUAAAGGUGCAAGAUCUAGAGACACACGAGCAACAGAUGCAGGUGGAGCCAAUCAAGCUUGUAGGUCAAGAGCUACUGCAUGA